GCGGGCGCUCCGAACGCGUCGCGGGAGGCUGUGUGGCCACCGGGGCGACUCUGGGUCAUGGAGGCGCGCACGAGGGGCGCCACGGACCCUAGGGGGAGCAGAGGAGGCCGCCGCGCUCCCCAGCCAGUGGGCCCCAGCGCUAGGCAGCUUCUGGCGCGGCUGGACGCGCGCCCCCUGGCGGCCAGAGCCGCGGCCGAUGUGGCGGCGCUGGUACGCAGGGCGGGGGCCACAUUGGGUCUACGCCCCAAAGAUGCCAUUAGCGAGCUGCAUUCUGCGGACAUAGAGGUCACGGACAGUCGCCUGCCUAAUCCCACUUUCGUGGAACACCGGCCCCAGCAUCGUCGGUCAGAGACCUUGGGGACACGCACUGUGCCGCCCCAAGUGACUCAGAUGAAGCCACGUUAUGCUUCAAAGCCACCUCAGGCCUCUGGUCCGUUCUGUGUGGAGCUGGUGCGAGGGUCUGCAGGCUUUGGCCUCACACUGAGUGGAGGCCGAGAUGAGGCCAGGGACACCCCCCUGGCGGUGCGGGGGCUGCUGAAGGACGGGCCAGCACAGCGCAGCGGUUGCUUGCAGGCUGGUGACCUGGUGCUUCAAGUCAAUGGAGAGUCAACUCAGGGUCUCACCCACGCCCAGGUCGUGGAGCGGAUUCGCAGGGGUGGCCCCCGGCUGCACCUGGUGCUGAGCAGGCCUCUUGAGACCCACCCCAGCAAGCCUGAGAGGGGGGGCGGACCCCAGAAAGGAGAUGAUCGCAGCCCAGAUCCUGGGGGACCAGAGGCAACGAGGUCUCCUAGCGCCAGCGCUUCCCCACUUCAUCCCCCUCAAUCCCGUACGACGCCCAAGACCCGGCCCAGCCUGGAGCCCACCCCAGAGGGGGCAGCAGACGGCCUUGGGGUUCCUCCGGAGCGCCGCACGCAGGACCCAGACGACCGAUCCCCGGGUUCCCCGGGGCCCUGGCUGGUGCCCAGCGAGGAACGGCUCUCGCGGGCCCUAGGUGUCCCGGCGACCACGCAGCUGGCCCUGGAGAUGGCAGCUGGAAGGCGGAGGCACUGAGCAUAUCUGACGGCUGGGUGCUCACUUGUACUGCCCCACCUGGACCCCGCGGGCUCCGUGCGCCUCGCAUUAGCCUCGCCAGCAGAACUGCCACUUGGCCUGGUCCCCCCUCCCGCUGCUGUUCAGUCGGCCAGCCUGAGUUCCCCUCGCGGUGUCAGUGGUAUGGCCCUCUCUCCCGCCCGCCUGCGCUUCUUGUUUCGGGCGGGGGAGGUAAUAAAUCGGUCCGCUCCGUCUUGA